UUCGAUAGUUGCACCGAUUGUAGUUUCUGGGAAUUUUUUUUUGCUGAAGCAAGUGGUUUUUAUUGUUUUAUGCAGCCCAGCCAGCCCGCAGGUCGUAAAAAGUUCCUGCUGCUAUGACCCCUACAGCGGCGUCAUUGUCCACCACUCCCAGUUCCACGUAGCGUCCACCACAACACCAACAAACAGAGACGGAAAAAAAGACACCCCAAAGAUGGCCCAAUUGAAAAAAUUGCACAUGACCGACAACCUUGGUACCCUGGAGGAGUUGUCCGACAUAAAGAUAGACUUGCGCGGCAAGAGCAUGAAAAUAUUACUCGGCACUGCUCGCAAACUGUUUAUGGUGGCGGAGGAGAAUCGACUGGAUGGCGACGAGGAGUUGGCCUACAUCAACUACGUGAAGUACUUCAACAUGAUAUCGGCCAUUCACCACAGGCCCGACUAUCAGAGCCACAAAGUGCAGGUGCGUGAGGCGCUGGGCGACACCGAAGCGAAUCGUCGAAUUAUGGACUCCCUCGAGGUGAUAACCGACUCGCUCUCAAAGCGCUACAGCCAGCUGCAGAAACAGUCGAACCCCCUGCCCAACCAGACGGAGCCUCUCAGAAAUGGCGCCGCGACCACACAUGCCGCUGACUAUGCUCGAUUGGGCGUGGUCUCGUGCAAGGAGCUGUUCCGACGAAUGCAGGAGAAGUCCGUGCUGGUGAUGGACUGCCGUUCCAGUGCCGACUACGAAGAUUCGCACCUCACCUACUUUUGUGCAUUCAAUGUGCCCGAAGAUCUUAUAGCGCCAGGAAUGUCGGCUGGCAGAUUGCAGGCUCGGCUUAGCAGCAGCGCCAAGGCCUCGUGGGCGUCGCGCUCUGUCAAGGAAUCGGUGGUGCUGAUGGACUGGAACAGCAAGGAUGCCCAGCCAGCGGCAAAUACAGCGAUAGCCACGCUCCUGGACAUACUCAAAAAUUGGGAUCCCGAUGUCACCUACCGCUCGCCCAUACAAAUCGUCGAGGGUGGCUACGAGUACUUCAUCAUGAUGUAUCCCGCGAACUGCACCAAUCCCAGUGUACAGGCGCCGCAGCAGAACAACAACGACAUCGAAACCAUCGAUGACAUCGAGUAUCCUUCGAUCAAUGACAUUACCAUGAAGGAGGACAUCAGUCCGCGGGACUUCAGGCCUCGUCCGGACAUCAAUCGGGCCAGCAAGCAGGCCGCUCUGCGCACCUACGAUCAGGCCAAGCCCGUAGCCGAGAUCAUGCGCGACCAGGCGGAGUUCCUGCAGCGGGCGCAGCACAACGACGAGCAGCUGGAGGAUGCGGCCAAGUCGUGGAAGCGCCUCAUCCAGCGGAAGAGUCCCUCGGGCGACCUCAGCGAGUCGGAGCAGCAGCUGCUCUACAAGAUCCUUCAGCUGGAAAACCAAGCCGAGGAUUAUAAAAUUGAAAACAAUCGCCUGCGCGACGAUGUCGAGCGCUUAAAGACGUCCCAGACGGUGGCACCGCAGCAGGUGACCCCCAACGAGGCGGAGGCCACCAGGCGCAUCGAAUUGGGGAUUCUGCAGCGACAGCGGCUGGACGAACAGCACGAGCGCGAACGGCAGGAGCGGGAGAAACAGCUGGCCAUUGCCCGCGCGGCCAAGAAGCAUUACAAGCCACCGUCGCCACCGCCAUCACCGACACAGGAGCUUUCGAGAAGCAUUGAAUCUCUCCUCAAGUCGCCCACCGAUGGGGAUGCCGAUUUGGAUCUGGCCUUGGAAGGGAGUCUGGCCGACAAGCCCACGUUCGAUCGGACGACGAAGCCGACGGCAAGGCCCAGGAGUGAGGAAAGGACAGCGUCACGGGAUCGUGAUUUCUCCCCCGUUGUAGGCCACAAUGUGGGAAGGGGUCUCACGGGAUUGAAGAACUUGGGGAAUACCUGCUACAUGAACAGCAUUCUGCAGUGCCUGAGCAACACGCCCCACCUGGCGGAGUACUGCUUAUCGGACCAAUACAAGAACUACAUCAGUCGCAGCAACAAGACGAAUGGCCAGGUCAUCGAGGAGGUGGCAGCUCUCCUCAAGGAGCUGUGGAAUGGCCAAUACAAGUGUGUGGCCAGUCGGGAUCUGAGGUAUGUGGUGGGGCAGUACCAGAAGAUCUUUCGCGGCGUUGAUCAGCAGGAUUCGCACGAGUUCCUCACCAUACUGAUGGACUGGCUGCACUCUGACCUGCAGACGCUCGAUGUGACGCGAAUGCGGGAAACGAUCGGCGCGGCAGAGAAGGCUUGGCUGGACUUCACCAAGGCCAAGGAGAGCAUUAUAUUGCAUUUAUUCUAUGGACAAAUGAAGAGUACCGUCAAGUGCGUGGCCUGCCACAAGGAGUCGGCCACCUACGAGUGCUUCUCGAAUCUCAGCCUCGAGCUGCCGCCGAACGCCAACCAGUGCCAGCUGAACCAGUGCAUGGACAUGUACUUCAGUGGGGAGCGCAUCCACGGCUGGAAUUGUCCCAAUUGCAAGACGAAGCGGGAUGCAAUCAAGAAGCUGGAUAUAUCCAGGCUGCCGCCCGUGCUGGUGGUGCAUUUGAAACGCUUCUAUGCGGAUCCCAGCAACACGGGCGCCUACGUCAAGAAGCAAAACUAUCUGCGCUUUCCCCUGCAGAACCUGGAAAUGAAUCCGUAUAUUGCACGCGCCGAGUCGCGUGCUGUAACGCCCAAGACCUAUCAGCUGUAUGCCGUCUCGAAUCACUACGGCACCAUGGAGGGCGGCCACUACACGGCCUUCUGCAAGAGCGUCAAUUACGGACGCUGGUAUAAGUUUGACGAUCAAGUGGUUUCGGUGCUGGACACGUCGAAUGUCGUCUCGAGUGCCGCCUACAUUCUCUUUUACACCUGGCUGCCGCCCGUGCAGCUGCCGGAGUAAAUCUGGCUGAACUUCCCGCUCCGCUGAUUUUUUUGAUAGCUUCUAAGUUCUAGUCGCUUCACCCCAACUACCGCCUAAUUGUUGCUAUCUGUUGUUGUCUAGAACCAUUGCCGGACAAAUAGUAUUAGGAAUAGGGAUAUAUAUAGGAAUGGAUUCGAUGCGAUACGAUGCGGGUUGGAUUCACACAUUCGCCGAUACUAAGAGAACUUCAAGUACAUUAUGAGUGUAUAGCAAAUGGCAGAGUGCACACAUGGUGUAUAUUAUUAUAUUUUACAAGCAUAUUUUUAAACCAAAUAAAUGAAAUUAAAUUUCUAAACAUUAA